UGGUAGGAAGUGAGGAAGCGGAAAUAGUGAAGCGGAAGUUUGGGACUGGCGCCCAGAGCUGGAGCCGACUCUUUGGCGGUUGGAGACGGGGACGGGAUGGCUGAUGAGGAGGAGGAUCCUACUUUUGAGGAAGAUAAUGAAGAUGCAGGAGGUGGAGCAGAUGGUGGACAGGGUAAAAGGAAAAGACUUUUCUCAAAAGAAUAAUGCCUGGAUCAGUGGUGAUCCUCACUUCUUGAGAGGUAUCCAGUGGACUGUAAGUUCUGUAAGGUGUAUGAUGUAUGGCUUUGGUGAUGACCAAAAUCCUUACACAGAAUCAGUGGAUAUUCUAGAAGAUCUUGUCAUAGAAUUCAUCACUGAAAUGACUCACAAAGCAAUGUCUAUUGGACGACAAGGUCGAGUGCAAGUUGAAGAUAUUGUCUUUUUGAUUCGAAAGGACCCAAGGAAGUUUGCCAGAGUUAAAGACUUGCUUACUAUGAAUGAAGAACUGAAACGGGCUAGAAAAGCAUUUGAUGAAGCAAACUAUGGAUCCUGACAUCUUUUAUGUUCUCUAAAGUUCCACUGUCUUCUAGAACAAAUGUGUGUGUACUAGAACUGUGUAUUUUUCACCUUGCCAAAAAAUGAAAGGUCCUGAAAUAAUUUAAGUACUUCUUACAAUUACCUUAUUGUCUAUAUCCAGCUGAUCCUAUAAAUGAAGAAUGGAGCACUUCAUUGCUGCCUUUACUUUGACUUCGUGGAUUCUAAAAGUGGUAUUUAGGUAUUAAAUUGCCUGUCUUUCUUUUUGAUACUUGAAAUUGCUCAUUGGUUUUAAUGACAGCAUGGAAGAAGCUAAAAUCCUCUGAAAACCAUGCAAAUCAUCCUAUUUUUCUGAGGUGAUAAAGAUAAUUUAAACUAAUUAGUAUUUAUGUUUUGGUCUGCUUUUUGCUACUGAAUUUUAUAGCAGUUUGAUAUGUGAAAUCUAAAUAUUAAUCUUUUUGGUUUUGCAAUUCAUAAAACAAGUCUUUUGGUUACUUUCAAUCUCUCAGAUAAUGGUUUUAUGGGUUGCAACAGGAAACUGUUUUUUGACGCUCUGUUUUGGGAUAUAUUUAUAAAGUAUUCUUGGUUCUCUUAAAGAAAAAGAGGGAAAGUUCCAGAUUUUUUGCUGAAAGAUUAGAUUCUUUUGCAUAAGAUUAGAUUUCUUAAAAGAAAUAAUUUGUU